UCCUUGUGCCAUAUCUUCCUAUCGAGCCAUGGACCGCCAACUCCGCCCCAUCUACGAGGCUUUGGACACCAAUUCCAACAAGUCCGCGAUUCUGGCAUGCAACAAGGUUCUCAAGAAGCAGCCGAACAACCUGCUUGUCAAGGCUCUCAAAGCGCUGGCACUAGUGCGCUCCCAAAAGGUCGAGGAGGCCCUCAUUCUCUGUGACGAGGUUCUUGCAUUAAAGCCGGUCGAUGACCCCACAUUGACGGCUAUGAUGCACGUCCUUCGCGGGCUUGGACGUCAUCAGGAUAUGGUGGCCAUGUACGAAGACGCGUACAAGCAGCAACCCGCGAACGAGGAACUUGGCACACAGACGUUCUUCGCGAAUGUGAGAAUAGGAAACUGGAAAGCGGCACAGCAGAUCGCGACCAAGAUGCACAAGCAAUCCCAGGAAGAUCGUUACCUCUAUUGGAACGCUAUGGGCGCUCUCCUGCAGGCGAACGAUCCAACAACGCCCGAGACUCUGCGCACCAUCCUUUUCAAGCUUGCACAUAGGCUUCUGUCGCAGGUGCAAGCACCCGCUGUCUUCUAUGCGGAGCGCUUCCACCUACACCUCACAGUGCUCAAGGAGCUGAAGCUCUAUGAUGAGGCGUACGACUUGGUCGAGAGCGAAAGCGGUAGGAUUGUAUGCUCGAGCAGCCUCGCAUGCGAAGAGCUCCGCAGGGAAAUUUGGAAGCUCAAGGGCCUCACGAAGGAAGCGGGUGAGCAUGCUGAGAAGCAGAUACUGGAAGCGAAGGACCGGAAUUGGCUUGAGUUUCUUGCUGUGCUGGAUGCGACGUUCGUUAAUCCCGAGGACAAGUCGGCCACUGUGGAGAGCAUCAAGAAGACACGGGAGCUUCUUGGUAAGGUCGUCGAGGAGGACGGUGUGAAGGACCGGUCAGGACACCUUGCGCUUCUCGAGCUCGAGAAGCGUUCGAGGCAGCAUGGUCUUGCGACAGAUACCACCACUCUCAACUCUCUUCUCGAGGCCUACUUCCAGAACUUUGGCGGAAAGGCUUGCUGCUAUGAGGAUCUGAAGCCUUACGUUGAGUUGGAGGGCGAGGAUCUUGCGAGGUGGACAGCCGUGCUUGAGAAGCAGACCGCGUCCUCGACAUCUGUACCAGACCUUUGGCGCUACAUAAACGCUCAGAAGCUCCUUCGCUACAACCUCCCCCAGUCCGCUCUUACACCCGAAGCCGAGAUUCAGCGGGCCUCACAACAAAUCGACGCAUACUUGGAGGGCCUCAAACUUGGAAAGGACCUCCCGUCUUACGAACUCCAGCCUGCAGAUGACCUAGCCAUUCUUGCUGCCCAAGAGUUUGUUGGUGUCUGGAAACAGACCGGCGAUGAGGCCUACCUGUACAAUGCAGCCGCACUCCUCGAGUACGCCAUCGUGCGAAGCAAGACGUCGUACCAGAUCCGCCUACACCUGAUACGGAUCUACCGCCUACUUGGCGCGCCUUCGUUGGCUCUGGAGCACUACAGGAGUAUUAACGUGAAGCAGGUCCAGAACGACACGCUCUCGCACUUUGUGCUCUCAAGAGCAUCCACGUUCUCUUUGUCGUCCAUCGGCGACCUCACGUACACGUCCGAGUGCUUGGAGUCGAGUCGCAUAUACUUGUCGAACUCUGAAGACACGGCGGAGUUGAUCGUUCGCGCAUUUGCCAAUGAGAAAUAUUCUCAGAUCCACGACUUCAUCAUAUUCGAGGAUCGGCUUGAGAACUCCCUGCAGCGCGACCUCAUCAAGAUGGAGCAUGUCCGCAUGAGGAUCCCUCAUGAGGCAAUCAACUCCGAGCUUGUGGAUAUGGAGCUUAUCGAACUGAAGUUUAUCUUCGACCGUCUCCAUCACGACAACCGGGACUUCUCCAUCCUCGCCAACUACCAGCCCCAUAGCAGCGAGACGUUCCACGACCAAACCCAAUUCCUUACCAAGAAAACUCCGGGCCUUGGCUGGCUUUGGGUGUUCUUGAAGAUCUACAUUAAGGCGUUCCAGCUCGCAAGCGACCUCGACGACACCGUGGAGGACAAGCUGCUUAUUGGUGAUCGCCCCAAGCCGAGCAACGACCCUGAGACGAAGCUGCCUCUCAAGGAUCGCCUGGCUGCGAGGAAGCAGGAGGAGAUCGACGAGCUCUCGAAGGACGAAGCGUUGUUCUACGACUACGCUACGGCGCUGUCAGAAUGGCUCACGCCUUAUCACGACUAUGCUCGCCCGCCACCCUCUGCUGUUCUCGCCGAAGCAGCGAAGCUGACGGAACAGAAGACCGGGCACCCACUGAAGGGGCUGGAGAUUCCUCCAGAGGCUGCCAAUGGGCACGCGAAGAAGGAUGAGGAGCCGCCGGCGGUCGUGGAGCCUCCUGCUGCCAUCAGCAAGUACUUCGAUGAUAUGCUGAAGCGCUUCGCGGAGGUGUCCGAGGGCAAGGGUCUACCUCAGGAGCUCUUGCACGUUGUCACCCUGACGCAAGAGGCCUUCCUUCUCUUCGCGAUCGAGACAACGCGGUUCAAGGCAGCUUCAGUCAUCAAGCAGAACAAGUUCGGUGGUCUCACGCAGCACAUCAAAGAUAUCCGUACCAAGUCGGCGGCCGUGCUGACGGAGAUCUCGAGCGCUCUGAUCAGCCGAGCGGAGGCGGAAGCUACCGCUGAGGGUCGGAAGGCCCUCACCAACGCUUGCAAGCCGAUCAUCCAUGAGUCUGGGCUCGACCACGACUUCGUCCUGAACGUCGCGAAGAAGAUCACCGAGUCGCGGAAACAGAUCCUGGAAGGCGUGGGCAAAGGCAUCGCGAAGGUAACGAAGGCUCAUGCGUGAACGUGGCAACGUAUACGGGACUCGGGGACUUGGGAGGACGGACUCAUGAACCUUGUAGACUGACGACAUGACACGCACAUGUACAUACAUACAUGCCACACAUCACCACUCAGCGUAAGAAUAAUGCAUUAGUCUAUAAUUGCAAUAUAAUCUAGUCGGCAUGCACUGGAGUGCUGCUCGAUUACGCG